AUGGCUACUUCUACCCUCAAACCCACAUCAUCCACCCUUUGCACAACACUUGUGUUAGUCUCGAUCCUCAUCAUGUUCAUCGUUUUCUCGUUCUCUAAACAACGCAACAGUCUUCGAACGGACUUCUUCCCUGUCACAGCACGCCAAUCCUUGCCGCAACCCGACACUAACAUUUCCCAUAUUGUUUUCGGACUUGUGGGAUCUACAAAGGCAUGGACCUAUCGAAAAUCCUACAUCGAGUCGUGGUGGCGUCCGAAUGUCACCCGUGGUUACCUCUACCUCGACACAGCCCCGACCAACGAUCUCUUGCCAUGGUCACCAAACUCCCCGCCUUUUCGUAUUUCCGAUAAUAUUACAAAGUUACUGGAUGAAACGAAGCAUGUGGCACCAAUCAUGGUCCGGAUGGUGCAUGCUGUGAUCGAGGUAUUUAGGGAAGAGAGAGAAGGGGUGCGGUGGUACAUCAUGGGAGAUGACGACUCGAUCUUUUUUGUAGACAAUUUGGUGGAUGUCUUAUCGGAAUACGAUCAUAAUAAGUAUAUAUACAUCGGUGGUCAUUCUGAAAGUAUAAUGUCGAAUCAGAUUUUCUCGUACGACAUGGGUUUCGGUGGAGCCGGACUCAUAAUGAGCUACCCGUUGGCAAAAAUGGUACAAAAGAAUAUAGAAGACUGCUUCAAAAGGUAUCCGUAUCUAAAUAGUGCGGAUUUGAUUUUGAUGACUUGCGUUAAUGAUUUUGGAGUUUCAGUGACCACUCAUCAAGGUCUUCAUCAGAUGGAUUUACGGGGUGAUGUAUCGGGAUUUCUAUCGUCACACCCGAAAGCUCCUCUGCUUUCUCUCCAUCAUUUCGACCACAUAGAUCCGAUCUUCCGCUCCAUGGAUAGUUUUCAAUCUGCAAAACACCUUAUGAAAGCUGCAAAAGUUGACCAAACCCGUUUGGUACAACAAACCAUAUGUUACAACAGACAGUUAAAAUGGUCUUUUUCAGUCUCGUGGGGCUACUCGAUCCAUGUUUACGAGAUAGUCAUCCCUCGGAGCAUCUUGAAGGUCCCUCUCGAAACAUUCAAGCCUUGGUUAUGGAACUCGCAGCCACCUUAUUACAUCUUCAACACAAGACCGUUGUCCAACGAUCCAUGUGAAACUCCCCAUGUGUUUUCAUUUGAUUCAGUAGAGAACGUUAGUGAAAAUGAAGUCGUAACAAAUUACAUUCGUGUGGCUUCACGUGGGUUGCCGACUUGUCAAUUCGCCGGCAACCAUUCUGCGGAUUUGGUCUCCAGAAUUCAAGUUGUGUCCCCAACGGCAAAACCCAACAAGAAUGGAAAAACUGAAUGUUGCGACGUGGUUGAGACCGAUGGCAUGGAGGUCGCGAAGCUAAGGUUGAGGGACUGCUUUGAUGAUGAGUUAAUUGCUUGA